AUGCCAACCACCACUACCAUAUCGCCUUCAACAACCGUUCAAGUACAUCCCCUCGUACUUCUUUCAGCUACCGAUCACUACAAUCGUGUUGCCAAGGACACCAGAAAACGCGUCGUCGGCGUCUUGCUUGGUCAACAAAAGGGCAAAACUAUCAACGUUUCGAAUAGUUUUGCAGUUCCUUUUGAGGAAGAUGAAAAGGAUCCUUCAGUGUGGUUCUUGGAUCACAAUUACAUUGAAGGAAUGAACAGCAUGUUCAAAAAAGUCAAUGCCAAAGAAAAAAUGAUCGGAUGGUACCAUAGUGGCCCUAAGCUUCGUCCUUCGGAUCUCGAGAUAAACGAACUCUUUAAACGAUACACGCCCAACCCUGUACUCGUAAUUGUGGAUGUCAAGCCAAAAGACGUCGAAAUACCCACAGAUGCCUACUUUGCAAUUGAAGAAAUCAAAGAUGAUGGCACAGCUACGACCAAAACGUUCAUGCACGUGCCAUCAGAAAUCGUUGCCGAAGAAGCAGAGGAGAUUGGUGUGGAACAUUUGCUGCGGGAUAUUAAGGACAAUGCGGUAGGCACGUUGUCGACACGUAUUAGUGGACAGUUGGGAUCGUUGGCAGGCUUACAAGGCAGAUUGGAAGAAAUUCGCGAUUACUUGCAAAAGGUGGUAAGCGGCAAGCUGCCGGUCAACCACCAAAUCUUAUACAACCUUCAAGACAUCUUCAACCUGUUGCCCAACCUCGAAGCCCAGGAUAUGGUCAAUGCGUUCAGCGCAAAGACGAACGAUCAGUUGCUCAUGAUCUACUUGUCCAGUCUCAUCCGCGCCGUCAUUGCACUGCACAACUUGAUCAACAACAAGAUCGACAACUUAAAGAGCGAAGAGGGUGAAGACGCAAAGAAGGAGUCGUCGAGUAAAUAA